AUGUCUUUUGCUGUAAAUGCUCUAAUUUGUGCAAGCUAUUUUUCUCGACGGAAUAAAAGGAGGCGAAGAAGAUAUCAUGUACAUCCAAUACUUGUGGAACGGUUACUUGAGGGCGAAUUCUGCAAACUGUUUUGGAGAUUGCAAGAAGAUGAGGAAAAGUUUUUUGAUUAUUUCAAGAUGUCCAUCAGAAGUUUCGACGAACUACAAGCAAGGUUACAAGAUAAUUUGAAACAUUGCAAUAUGUUUCGUGUUCCUAUCCAACCUAUUGAAAGAUUAGCCGUAACUUUAAGAUACUUUGUGACAGGUCAAACAUAUGAAGAUCUGCAUUUUAGGUUCCGUAUAGGGGCGGCUACUAUCGGUAAUAUCAUACAAGAAGUGUCUAAGAACAUUUGGUCUCUACUGCAUCAAGAGUGUCUUUCGAUACCUAAAACACAGGAAGGGUGUCUGCAAAUAGCUGCCGGUUUUGAAACUGUAGCAAAUUUUCCUAACUGCAUCGGUUGUAUAGAUGGAAAGCACGUCAGAAUAAUUUGUCCUGAGCAUAGUGGAAGUCUGUAUUCAAAUUAUAAAAAAUUUUACUCUGUAGUCCUGUUGGCUAUGUGUGAUUCCGACUAUCGUUUUACCUAUAUAAAUGUAGGGGCAUGUGGAGCAGAUUCUGAUUCAAAUAUUUUUCGGAGAAGUUCAUUAUUCACCAAACUACAAAACGGAGAAAUAAUAUUGCCUCCACCAAAACCACUACCGCACACUACAGAACCACUCGCAUACAUGAUUAUUGGGGAUGCCGCUUUUGGUAUAUCGAACAAAGUUUUAAGGCCUUAUGCACGCAGUAAUCUGACCCAUAAGAAAAAAAUAUUUAAUUAUAGAUUAAGCCGUGCUAGGAGGUAUAUUGAGUCUACAUUUGGAAUAAUGAGUAAUAAAUUUAAGAUAUUUCACAGACCAAUGAAUACUUCCCUACCAAAUACCACAACAAUCAUAAAGGCUUGUUGCGUUUUACAUAAUUACAUUCGAGAACGGGAUGGAUACAGAAUACAGGACACACUAACUAUUGUAGGCUUUAACGACCUUCGUCAUAAUGCAAACAGUAAUAUCAGAUCAGGUGAUGCAAUAAGGGACAAAUUUGCCAACUAUUUCGUUUCUCCUGAUGGUUGUAUACCGUGGCAAAAUGCUUGUAUCUUUUAA